ACACACUGUGACUAAUUAACCUCACGAUGUCCUCCGCCCCCAAAGAAAUAGUCCAGCAAGCCUACGACCACAUCGCGGAAUGGUACCUCGACUGGGCCUCCACCCAGCCCUCCCCCCGCGAGCGCUACACCGACAAAGUCCUCGCCCACGCGCCCUCAUCCCCUCAUAUUCUCGAACUCGGCUGCGGCUCCGGCGUCCCCAUCACGCGCAUGCUGCUCGACCGCGGCGCGCGCGUCGUCGCCAACGACAUCUCCAGCAAGCAGCUCAGCAUGGCGAAAGCGCAGUGUCCGUCGGCGCAGUUCGUCCCAGGCGACAUGGCCGCGCUGUCCUUCGCGCCCGCGAGCUUCGACGGCGUCGUGUGUUUCUAUACCAUCUUCCACCUGCCAAGGGCGGAGCAGCGGGGUAUGCUGGCUAAUAUCUGUUCCUGGCUUAAGCCUGGCGGGAUGUUCGCUUUUAAUCUCGCGACGGUGGAUGAGGAGGAGAUUCAUGGGGAGUUUCUGGGGCAUGGCAUGUUUUGGAGCAGUUUUGGGGUGGAGGAGAGCAUGAAGAUGGUGCGGGAGGUGGGGUUGGAGGUUGUUGAGGCGGAGGUGCUGGAGGCGGGGGACGGAAGGCUGGAGGAGAGCGAUCCGGAUUAUGGGGUUAAGUUUAUGUGGGUUGUGGCUAGGAAGGGGGAAUAGUGGGGGACUGGUGACUGGGGUAGUGUAAUGGUCAUGCUGGGGAGGAUCUAAAACGUCUACCGCUACAUAUGCUAACGCUGUUCUUUUGUCAUAGAGACUUUAUAAAAGCUAGGGGAUCUGAGGAGGUGCUCGUUUAAGCUGCAUCGUCAUAUUUCUUCCCCCUUCCCCCAGCGCGCCACUACUGCCAGCGCGGUUCUAAGCCCCUACUUCUUCACAUCCCCGGUCUCACCGGCCCCGCCAACCUCCCCGCACUAUACACGCCGCAAGCCGCCCAAUCCGCCGCCUCCGGCUCCUGCCCCUGCCAAGCUCGCACGUGCGCCUUGGACGGCAGGAAAGGUUGUUGGAACGGGCUCUCGUAUUGCUCUUUCCCUUCCAUCAACAUGUCGCCGGGGGUUUGAGGG